GAGUUUCCAGACACGUGAUCAUGGGGAUCAGCUUGCCAGGAAAAAAGUUGCGGCGGUCUCUAUCUGGUCACAGAGAAGGAGAUUCUGCACCCUUGGACGUUCCAAAGGGGCAUUUUCCAGUUUAUGUAGGAGAAAACCAAAAGAAGAGAUUCAUCGUUCCACUGUCAUACUUAUCUCGGCCCUCGUUCCAGGAUCUGCUGAGUCAAGCUGAGGAGGAGUUUGGCUUCGAUCAUCCAAUGGGAGGCCUCACGAUUCCAUGCAACGAAGAAGUUUUCCUCAGCCUAAUAGAUGGAUGAUCAAUCCUGACUAGAGAACUCCUAGAUAGAUUAGUCAAUACACUUGACACGAUUUUGUAAACAGAUUUUACGACCAGUGUAGA